CCCAACCACCAGUGUUAAGUGUGAGCCUUACGUUUUUUCCUCGACCAGACGUUAUCACACGAGGCGCGCUGCUGCUGCGUGAGCGAGACUGCGAGAGCUCAGUGGAGGGAGAAGACCAUCACCACCAUGGGCGCCAGCCUGAGCCUCGUGCCGCUCCUCGACUACUUCGCGCGCCGGGAGUUCGCCGCCGCCGGCCUCAGCCCCGGCGCCGUCACGCUGCCGUACCCGGGCGACGGCGGCGAGGCGACCUGCACCGUCCACUACUGGGCCUCCACGGGGGAGCCGCUGCUGCCGCCGCUGCUGCUCGUGCAUGGGUUCGGCCCACGGGCCACCUGGCAGUGGCGCUGCCAGGUGGGCCCACUGUCCCGGCAUUUCCACCUCAUCGUGCCCGACCUCAUCGGCUUCGGCGGCAGCUCGUUCGGCGGCGACUCCGCCGCCUCGCCGCCGUCGGAGGCUACGCAGGCGGCGGCGCUGGCGGCGCUGCUGGACGCGCUGCCGGGGAUGAAGGGGAGGCGGGUGGCGGUGGCGGGGACCAGCUACGGCGGGUUCGUGGCGUACUGGCUGGCGCGCACGGCGGGGGCCGGGAGGGUUGGCCCCGUGGUGAUCGCGAGCUCCGACCUGCUCAAGACGGCGGCGGACGACCGGGGGUUCCUGAAGAGGGCCGGCGACGGGUGGAGCGGCGUGGAGGAGGUGCUCCUGCCGGCCGAGCCCGCCGCGAUGCGGAAGCUGCUGGAGAUGGCCUCGUGCCGGCCGCCGCCGCCGGUGCUGAUGCCGGACUUCAUCCUCCGCGACUUCAUCCAGCCAUGGGAUGCAAUCUCCAAAACAUUUCCAGCUGGGCCGAUAUUCCGCCUGGGCCUGGAACGUCUGGUGACCAGCGAUUUGGCUGGAUCGUCACAAAACUUUUCACGGAGAACAGAGAGCAACUUAUUCAACUCUUCAAGGGGAUCACAGUUGGCACAGACAAGUUCCCAGUAACUCCAAUAUCUCAGGAAGUGUUGAUUGUCUGGGGAGAGCAAGAUCAGUUGUUCCCGGUUGAGAAGGCUUAUGCAGUUCAGAGGUAAUGGAUAGUAACAUACUAGUACGAAGCUUCCAUUUCAGUAUUUAACUGAACACGGAUUGACGUUUCCUGCACAAAAUUCGCUCUGUCCAGUUCUUUGGAUGGGAAAGCUAGAGUGGAAAUCAUAAGCAAAACAGGCCAUGCUCCACAGCUGGAGGAUCCAACCCGGUUCAACAAGAUCCUGCUAGACUUCUUGCUGGCUACUCACAAGCCUGAUCCUUCGUCAAAUGGCGCAUCGCAAUAAGUCGGAUGCCCACUCGAAUAUUUGAUUGAUUGAAAUAAGAUGGUUAGCCACCUUCGUCCAUUCAUAGCUAAAAUUUGUACUACGAAUUAUUUGAGAACGCACAUUGAGAAAUAAUUAAAGAAAAUGGGUGGAUUGUUGAUU